GAAAAUUUAGAAGAGGAGUUGCCAAAUAAAGAAGAUGGGAGCAAAUAGCAGCAGCAUCAGUGAACUUCCAGAAAAUGAAUAUUUAAAAAAACUAUCAGGAGCAGAGCCGAUCUCUGAAAAUGACCCAUUCUGGAAUCAGCUGCUAUCUUUUAGCUUUAUUGCUCCAACAAACAGUGCUGACUUAAAGCUGCUGGAAGAAGCCACCAUCUCAGUCUGCAAGUCUUUAGUUGAGAAGAAUCCUCGAACUGGAAACCUUGGGUCAUUGAUUAAAGUCUUUCUUUCUAGAACCAAAGAAUUAAAAAUUUCAGCAGAAUGUCAGAAUCACCUCUUUAUUUGGCAGGCUCACAACGCGUUGUUUAUUAUCUGCUGUUUGCUGAAAGUAUUCAUCAGUCGAAUGUCAGAAGAGGAACUACAACUUCAUUUUACUUAUGAAGAGAAAACGCCAGGCUCAUACGGUAGGUGUACUCUAUUCUGGCAU